AGAGCGAAGGAAAGGAACAACUCCCAAAUGGAAUUAUGGAAACCACUUGCGACAAGAAAAACCAAAAACAAUAACUAGUUAAAAUCACCUGCAGAGGACGGUCCCUUGGCUGCUUCUUCUCCUCCUCCUUUUUUAUCUUCUUCCUCUUUCUCUGUCUGAUAAAAUCUGCUGCAGAUGCACAGAGCUUGCAGAGUAACUUCGCUUCUCUGUUCCCUUGUUUUGUACUUCCGUUCUGUCUCUUUUCACUAUUUUUAAUAUUCUAUAGCCUCUAUUUUUUAUUACUUUAUUUACUAAACUAGCGAAAUAGAACAGCUAAGAAAGAGUGGAUAAACGUGAGACAAACCAGGGGAAGAAGGGAUCAAAUCAAAUUUGAUCGUUAUCUAUCUCUAUGGAGCAGCUUGUCAACUUUAUAAUACGUCCUCCGAGGGCUGAGUACAACCCAAAACAUGACUUACUGGACCAAGAGUUUAUGCUGAAAGGGAAAUGGUAUCAGAGAAAAGAUUUGGAGAUUAAAAAUAGCCGGGGAGAUAUCCUUCAAUGCAGUCAUUACAUGCCCAUUGUUAGUCCUGAAGGAAAGCCACUGCCAUGCGUAAUAUAUUGUCAUGGAAACAGUGGGUGCAGGGCUGAUGCAAGUGAGGCUGCUAUUAUACUGCUGCCUUCAAAUAUUACAGUUUUUGCUCUUGAUUUCUCGGGAUCUGGAAUUUCUGGAGGAGAGCACGUGACUCUGGGGUGGAAUGAAAAAGAUGACCUCAGGACCGUGGUUGAAUAUUUGCGGCAAGAUGGAAAUGUCUCUUUGAUUGGCUUAUGGGGCCGUUCAAUGGGUGCUGUCACCAGCCUGAUGUAUGGAGCUGAAGAUCCCUCGAUUGCAGGAAUGGUUCUUGACAGUCCCUUUUCUGAUUUGGUUGACCUGAUGAUGGAACUUGUGGAUACGUAUAAAUUCCGUUUUCCCAAAUUCACUGUGAAGUUUGCAAUUCAAUAUAUGCGGAAAGCUGUCCAGAGAAAGGCAAAGUUUGACAUUAUGGAUCUGAACACUAUCAAGGUGGCUAAGUCUUGCUUUGUCCCAGCUCUAUUCGGGCAUGCCAUUGACGAUGAUUUUAUACAGCCUCAUCAUUCAGAUCGCAUAUAUGAAGCCUAUGUGGGAGAUAAGAAUAUUAUAAAGUUUGAAGGAGAUCACAAUUCUCCACGCCCACAGUUCUACUUUGAUUCCAUAAAUAUUUUUUUCCACAAUGUUUUGCAUCCUCCAGAGGAUGAGGUUGGGGGAACAUAUUUUGACACAAUGCUUGAUAACUUUGGUAAGGGUAGUUGGAGCACUGUGCAUGAAGUAGGCAAUAACCUGGAAUUUACAGUUGUUUCUAAAGUUGCAGAACCAUCAACAAGCAAUGGAGAAGAUGCCCAUUCCCUUGAACAAGUUCGUCCCAAACGACCGAUGAGUCGAACAGAGGUUGGAGAAAUCAAUGACAAUAAUUUGGCAUCAUCAUCCAAAAUGAUAAGCUUUGAAUUAUCCAAUGGUCAUCCCUAUGGUCCCCAUGUUCCAACCAUGAUGGAUGAUGAUCAAUAUGUGGAGUAUCAACUGGAUGACUUGGCAGGUUUUCCAUGUGAUGUAGAGGAGGAAGAAAGGAUGUUCAUGGAAGCAGUGAUUGCAUCACUCAAGGACUUGGAGAUGAGAAACCCUAAUGCUGAAGAACAACAGCCUAGUAUCAACCCGAAGUCCAUGGAAUCUUCACAAAGACAAUAUGUAGAUGCAUCUUCCAUUGCAGAACAUUGUGAUUCCUUGAAGACGGUAGAGCAACAUGAACUUUCAAAGAUGGAACCCACUUCCUCUCCAGCAACCAACCUUGUAAAUUCAGCAACAAAACACCCAUCACCUGAUCCGAUUGUGUCAUUCAGGGGGCCAGCAUUUGACACCCCACCAUCCAUGACUGAAUCAGGAAGCGCAAGCACUUCUACUCGUAGUGAUACCUCAGGGAGCGGCCAGAGCUCAACAGAUACUGACUUGUCAAGUAAAACAAAAGCCACCUUGACAGUAGAACGGAACCCAGCAAGCCACAUUAUUGAUGGUUUGAUGCGUCGUUGGGAUUUCAGCUUGUUCCGAAAUCGAUGAAAAUUAGAUUUUUUUUUUUUUUUUUUUUGGGGGGGGGUGUUUCAACAGUGAUGAUUAUUUGUUUUGUAAUUAAGAUAGCAGCAAUGAUUUAGUACUGUAAAAUACACAAAACGGUAAGGAAAAUAGGCUUAUUGAAUGCGUUUAAAGUUGAUGGUGUUGGUUUUAUUUGAUACAAAAUCAUUUGUACUGUUCAUUUGUGAAAAUGUUAGUAGUUAUUCUUCGACUCGCAAUCAAGGAAAGAGAGUAUUUGACUGCCA